UCUAGUUCCACUCGACUGCACACAGAAUCUCAAUUCGUCAAAUAGGAGUGCGUGAGUGAGUAGGAAGUCAUAAGAAAGGUUCAAAAGCUCGAGCUUUGUUUUGCGAUGAGCGCGAAUUCCGUGAACCCACAAUGAGGAACGAGCAGAGAGAAGGUUGCAGAAGCAAAACCAGGGGCGCGCCAGCCCCUGUAGAAGAAACGGAGCCGCAGAGCGUUGUUGACUUACUGAGAAUGGGAAAGAGCGAGAAGAGGGAGAAGAGGGAGACGAUAGAGACGAGCAUGAAGUUGCGGGAUCGCCAAAACCUCGCGCACCAACUCCGGCGCCUCGCGCGGAAGGUUUUGCGAGGCGUCAGUCGCGCUGCCAAGGUGGCGAGAACUGCGAUAGCAGGCACCACGGGCCGCGGGACGACUCCCGCACCGCCGAUUCCGGAGUCUCGCGCGGAAGGUUCUGCUAAAGCCGUCGAGACUCCGCCUGCUGGUGCUGGUGCUGUUGCUGUUGCUGUUGCCGUUGCUGCGCCGCCGGCUGCUGAACGUCGCAUAUCGAGAGCUGCUUCGUGGAACGACGAGUCCGAGUCGUCGGAUGGGAUCUAUGCUACCUCAGGUCCGACACGUUGUGGCGCCUGUAGCAAUCGCCAUUCGGAACGUGACGGUGACCUGUCCGAAGCGUUUGAGUCGACAGCGGGCAAUCGGAGUCCGUUACCUGGUGGUGCUCCUCCUGUGGCCGCUGGAACAGCAGGUGCACCUGAUAUGGGCGUCACUGCAGCUGCUGCGCCGCCUCCUGCGCCAGCUGCUCCUGCGCCAGCUGCUCCUGCGCCAGCUGCCCCUGCGCCAGCUGCCCCUGCGCCAGCUGUUCUUGCUGAUGAUGUGGCUGCCACUCUUCCGCUUGCCAAGUGGCGUCCUACCGCCAUGUGUCACGAUCCCAGCGGUCGUAAUUGCGCGGGUCGCUCGUUCGGGAACGGCUCGUUCACCGAGGGCGACAAUGGCGAUGACGACCACAGGCGAGACGGCGUGAGGUGUGUGGAGGACGAUGCACAUUACGCUGAUGAUGGUGGUGAUGGUGGUAAUGAUCGUGGUGGUGAUGGUGAUGGUGGUGAUGGUGGUGGUGGUGGUGGUGGUGACUCACCAUCGAAUAAAUCGGUUCCUUCAACUGACCGCUGCCGGCAGAGCGUUGACGUGGUCGUCCACGCGCCAUCAGGCGACGUCGCUCGCGGUCACCAUGGUGACGAGUGCGAGAGCGGAGUCUCAGCACGAGCGACGACAGUGACGACAGCGACGAAGGCGACGAUGGCGACGACGGCAACGAUGGCGACGGCUGCGACGACGGCGACGACUACGACGAUGGCGACGAAUGCGACGAUGGCGGAUCAACAGCUCGUUGACACCGCAGCGACAAGUCAGCAAUCAUCUUCUGAUUACCAUGGCGACCACGGCGAUGCGGCGACUACUAGUAAUCCCGACGACAGGAGUCUUGGAGAUUUAGCAGCGGAGAUAACGGCGGAAUUCGCGCCGGGAUCGGUGGCAGGAGUGGCGGCGGGAGAGGUGGCGGGAAUGGCGGCAGCCGUCGCAGCGGAUUCAGCGGCAGACGACUCGUGUUGGAAGACGGGCGGGUCGUGCCAGCGCCGCUGGGGCGAGGUGCCUUCGGUUCAACCGAUAUUACUACCGAAGGCGCCUCCGCUGGGGCGCGAGGGGCUCUCCGCGCCCUCCGCGCCCUCCGCGCCCUCCGCUGCGAGGCUCCUCCCAGGGGGGAAGGCGCUGGCGCUGACGGUGCGCCCCGCCGCUGCUGCAUCAGGACUUGCUGUUCCAGUAGCGAGGCGGGGUGUAACGGGGAUGGUGGUGCUGAGAUUGAGAUUGCUGCAAAAGGCUGUGGAGGCCCUGAGCCAGACGCGCGCGGCGGCGGCGGAGAAAGACUGCCCCAACCAGAUGCCACCGUGCUUCGGCCUCGAGCUUCUGCGCGCCAUGUUGUGCGGCGUUCGGCCGAAGCGCCGCGCGUGCGGCGGGAAGCGGAAAGGCGGCGGGCGGAGCGAGGAGCGGGGCGACCGGCUUCGGCGGCAGGCAGCUCGCCUGCGACGAACGGACGGUCGAGAUGCGCGGAGGCAAGGCAAGGAGCGGCACACAAGAAAAGGGAGAGAAGUGGAUGACGACUCGGAGACAGCACCUUGUGCAGAGAAGAACGCGAGGGAAGAUGGAAGAGGCGAGAAGGACAACGCGGAUAGUAUCAAGUCGUCACCCGCGUUCCCAAUGCCGUUGGAAAUGUCAUUGCCAACGGCAAUCCCAAUGUCAGUGCCAGUGCCCAAGGCAGGGGCGGUGGCAGGGACGGCAGAAGCAGCAGAGGCAGCACAAGUUGCCAGGCUGCAACGCGCCCUCGCCCAAGCCCAGCAGCGUGUCAACUCGCUCGUUCUCGAGGUGCAGAUGACACGCAACGCCGUGGAGGUGACACGAGGCGAGAAUGCUGACGCGGAUGCCGGCGUGGAUGCUGACGUGGAUGCUGACCUGGAUGCCGUGGAGGAGAUGGUGGAGCGGCUGUCACGUGGCGUGCAGAUCCGAGAGGAGAUCCAGUCCAAGCUGGAUGUGGCCAAUCAGAGAAUUGCUGAGCUGGAGAAGUCGAAUUCUGAGCUGGACGCGGAGGCGACGCGCUGGCGACACGUGGCAGAGAAGCUGAGAGCUGAGCUGGAGCGGGAGCAAGAAUCACGGAGAUUGGAUGCAUCUGGAAUAUCGAGGAAACUUCCACUUCCCCCUACGAGUAAGGAGGUUGAAGGAGCAACAAAAGUUGCGGAGGAGAGCGAGGAAGUGGAAGUGGGAGGGGUUGCAGUAGAGGCAGCAGAGGCUGAAGAGGCAGCAGAGGGAGAAGAGGGAGAGGAGGGAGAGGAGGGAGAAGAUACAGCAGACGCAGCAGACACGGCGGACGUGGCAAAAGCAAAGGAGCGAGAAGAGCGGCGAUUGAUCGAGAACGCUAACGUCCGCAUGGCAGCGAUGAGCCUAGAGCUUGACACGUGGCGGGAGACGACAGGUCAGCUGCGCGCCAGCCUGGAGGACGCGCAGAGGAGAAUCCAGGAGCUGGCGCUGGUGGGGAGGGAGGUGGCGUCCCUGCGGCUGCAGCUGCUGGCGGCGUAUGCGCGGAUCGCUGAGCUGGACCGGGCCGUUGCUGAGCUGGAUUCGGAGCGGCACGCGCUGGAGGAUGACGUGGCGUGCGCGCGUGGCAUGGUGGGCGCGGUGUCGGUGAAGCUGGUGGGGGUGAUGCGGGAGAGGGAGGCGAUGCGGGGCCGGCUGAUGGCCAUGAUGGUGAUGCGGCAGCAGCAGCAUGGGCGGCAGCAUGGGCGGCAGCAUGGGGAAGGGAUGGAAGAGCGGGAAGAGUGGGCGGAAGAGGUGGAAGAGGUGGAAGAGGGGGUGGGUGUCGAGCUCGGGGAGGAGGAGGAGGCAGAAGAGGGUGGUGCAUGUGAGGGGAAAGUUAGAGUAGAGGCGCAACCAAGGGAAAAGGAAGGGCAAGGGAAGGAGGGCGGCAGGGAAGCGGGGGAUGACGAGCGAAAGGAAGACGAGACGGAAGAGAACGGAAGGGAUGAGGACGAGGCUGAAGACGAGGGCUUGAACGCUUUGUUCUCGGAGGGAAAUGGUGGGGAAGAGGUAAUGGACGAUGGGGAAGAUAAGCCGAGUGUGUGCGACGGAAAUGGCGCCGUCGCCGUCUUGGGAGAGGCUGAGCUGGCGCUGAAUGAUGAGGGGGAGGAGCGAGGGAGCGCUGAAUUGAAGGGAUUUGACAGUGGGGCUUGGUUGGAGGGGGGAGGGAUGGGCGGGGGCAAGGAGGGGAAGGGCGAGGAGGGGAAGGGCGAGGAGGGGAAGGGCGAGGAGGGGAAGGGCGAGGAGGGUGAGACAUCUUGUGAGGACGGGGGGGAGCGAGAGGAGAAGGGAGAGGAGGAGGAAGGGGAGGAGGGAGAGGAGGAGGAAGGGGAGGAGGGAGAGGAGGAGGAAGGGGAGGAGGGAGAGGAGGAGGAAGGGGAGGAGGGAGAGGAGGAGGAAGGGGAGGAGGGAGAGGAGGAGGAAGGGGAGGAGGGAGUGGAAGAUGCGAAGGUGGGAGAAGGGGAGUUGGCAGAGGGGAAGGUGGGAGAGGGGAAGGUGGGAGAGGGGAAGUGGAAUAAGAGGAGCAGGAGGAGGAGGAGGAGGAGGAGGAGGAGGAGGAGGGGGAGGAGGAGGAGGAGGAGGAGGAGGAGGAGGAGGAGGAGGAGGAGGAGGAGGAGGAGGAGGAGGGGGAGGAGGGGGGAGGAGGAGGAGGAGGAGGAGGAGGAAGAGGGGGAGGAGGGGGAGGAGGAGGUAGAGGACGAGGUGGGGGAAGGGGAGACAUCUGGCAACGAGGGAGGGGACGGAGAGGAGGUGGGAGAGGAGGAGGCGUGGCCGUGGGGAAUGGGGGGGGGAUUGGGGCGUGAGCGGGAGUGGUCACGUGCAUUGCCACUGCCUCCGCUGCCUCCGUUCGUUCUGCCUCCUUCGUCCCAGACCAUCCAGCUUUCAAAUGCCGCAUCUCCAGCACAAAGCAGCGGCAGCAGUCGCAGCAGCUGGAGCAGUGGCAGUGGCAGCAGGCAGAGCAGCAGGGUGAGCAGGAGAAGCGUGGGUGCUGAUGGUGUCUGGAACCGGUUUGGGAGCGUGGAUCAAUCAAACGGCUCUUCUGCUGCUGCUGUUGCUGCAGCGGGCGGCAGAGGGAGGGGGCAAGGCAGGAGAAGAAACAGCGGCGUAGAGGGAGCAAGAUGGAGACCUCUGCUGGAUGAUGCGGCUAGAGUGCCUGUUGCUGGCAGUGGCAGUGAGAGGGUAGGUGGUGCGUGGACGGAACGCAUGUGGAGGGAGGGGCAGGAAAAGAUAAGGACAGAGCAGCAGAGGACGUGGAAGGAGAGCGCACAACUGCUGCUCUAUGAGCCAGAGGCGUUGAGCAGAGCGCAGAACCAGCACCAGCACCAUUUCCAGCACCAGCAGAAGCAGCAGCAGCAGGAGCAGCAGCACCAGCCGAAGCACCAGCAGCAGCAGCGAGUUUUUUCCCCUGCGGUGUCCACUUGCUGCGUUGCUGACUCGCCUCUCUCCCUCAACGCCAACCUGACCUCUCCUUCUCCCUCUCCUUCUCCCUCUCCUUCCCCCAGCCUCCUCUCCUCUGGUUCCAACUCUCCUGAGCUCCUUAUCACCCCUCCUCUCCCUCUCUCGUCCUCGCCUCCUCCCAUCUCGCUCUCGCACCACCAGAAGGGCGCGCACGCCUCUUCCUCCUCGCUCUUCUCCUCCCCUGCCUCCUGUUCCUCCUCCCCGAGUGAGGGCUCUCCCUUGACGGGCAGUGAGCUGGGCAGUAUCCUUCGCUCGAGUGAGGAUAGUAUGCUUCGGUCCAGCAAUGAUAGCAGCAACAGCAGCAGCAGCAGCAUCGGCAACAGCCCUCAGAUGCAUCAAUUCGAGGAUUACUAGCAGCAGCGGCAUCGGUGGCAGCAGCAACAGCAGCGGCAGCAGCGACAGCACCAGCGGCAGAAGCAAUGCAAGCACAGCAGUGGGUCAGUGGAGUGGUGUACCUGGGGCUCUAAGGGUUUGUUGUGGUGAGUGGGGCAGGAAGGCAUCUGGGUAACGACAGCAGUGGUGGUAGGUGAGUCAUGCGUGAUUGUAGUUGGCGGGAUGGGGCAAGCAGAGUCCUAGGGUCUGUGCUGGUUGGUUGCUCAAAGGGAUUGAAGGAUUUUGCAGGAAAGGCUUUUUGGGGGAAGGGGGGAAGGUAAAUGGGUUUGGGACUAAGGGAACAUAGAGGUAUGGGUUAGGGCAGGUGAAGGUUUGGGCAUGGGAGAGGUCCAGGUUAGGAUGGUGGAAGGUAUGGGUAGGAGUUAGGAAUGGGAGGUGAGGGUGUAGGAUUGGGGAGGGUAUGGUUAUGGGUAGGUUAGGGGUGUGGGAAUAGCGAGGAUGGGAUUAUGGGAAGGUGAGGGUGCGGGAAUAGCGAGGGUAUUGUUGUGGGAAGGUGAGAGACGAUUGUUAGGAAUGGGAGGGGCAUGGGUAAUGCAAGGUGAAGGGAACAGGAAAUGGGGUGUACAGGAAUGGGAAGGUGAAGGAUUUGGGAAUUGUAUAGGUAAAGGUGCGGGGAAGUGAGGAGCUUAGGGUUGCAGACAGUUAUGGAGAUGGGAGAUGGUGGGUGUGUGAGGUAAAGGUAGAGGAAUAGGGUGUAAUGCGGUACAUGUAGGUGGGCUAUGUAGUUCGCUAAACAUACUUGUAGAGGUGGUUAUUGGCUAUUGGGUAAUGUAUCAAAUUCUUGGGUUCUAUUGUCACCUAAAGGUAUGAUAAUCAAUAUGGAGGGCUUUU